GUCGUCGAGUGCGCCUGCGCUAGAACCAAACUAUGGCGGCAUCCAUGAGCUGGGAUAGACUUCGUCGAGGCGUUUCUACUUCCCCCAAACCGGCAGAAAAAUCGAGUUCUUUGACCGGUCAAGUACAGUCAUUGUGUGGCUUGCAUUACCCUCUACGAACACGAUGUUUCGAAUUAGAAAGCCUCAUCAGGAGAUCCUCGAGCAAGGAUCUGCACAGCAUAUAUACCUUGUUCCUGGAUCUUGUGUUUGGACUGAAUGGCCAUCCAGGCUGGGGGCUUCACACCCUGAACUGUCAGUACUCCAAAGAUGAUUUCAAGGUCCUCCAGGAUUUCAUGUCUCCCAAUGGACCGGUCUUCCUCAUGGUCUACAAGCUACAGGGUGACCACUACCUGAGAUACGAGUUUCCUGUGGAGAAAUUACCGGCCCCCACAAGAGCAUCACUGGCUGACGGUAUAGUACCUCCUUUCUACCAAGGAAAACUGGCAUACCAGUCUCAUGGAAGGACGCCCUCUGUUGUAAUGCUUAAUGCAUUUGAGUACUACAUGUACGUCUUUGCGUAUUAUCUUGUCAGCGAAAGGGUGCAUAAGACCAUGAAUAAUUGGAGCCAGCCCCAGGAUUACUUCUACCCGGUGUUGUUAGACCAGUACCUGUGCUACUUCCUCCGUAGUGAUGGGCGCGCUGUGCCUCCAAUACCUGUCACAAGCAGUGCCCCUAAUCCUGCGGCCAACCGAAUUUCUCCUUAUAGACUACCUCAGUAUGGAGUUCUCUAUCAUUACCUACAUUCUAGCCCUUAUGGUGGUCCAGAUGGAGGGCACCCCAAUCAGCGUAGCCCCACCCAGCACCAUGAUACCACUCUUGGCUUGCAUCAUCAGGGUCUCAGCCCCGCUGGAGGGUUGGGUAGAGGCAUGGGUGCGGCAGCGGGAAUCAGCUUCCAGCAACCCAUCCAAGAUGAUCCGCAGGUGGAGACCUGGCGCUCUGAAGUCCUGGUCCAGGCUCUGACUGAGUUCUGGCUGAAUCAGAACUCCCUACAGCUGGCUGAGGAUAAGAGCUUCCUGGCUCAAGUCAGGGAAAAUUUCAUCCCAAGCCCUGAUCAUGUGCGCAUGGUACGUAUCCUGGUGAAGAGGCUGCACUUUUUUGUAAACAGUGCUCGUCCCAUGAUGCACCAGUCAGCUUACCAGCAGGGAGGAGAGUCAGCUAUGGAGGAGCUGAAGAGGUAUAUCAUGACAGUCUUUGUACAGAAGCCGCUUUAUGUGUUUCUCAGGCAUGGCUUUGAUAAUUGGCCUCUCGACUCGUCAUUCAGACAGAUCUUGGAGCUUUGGUUGAGUUACAUCCAGCCAUGGAGGUACGUUGAAGAGACAAACAGGACAGGUUUCUUUCAGAGGGACAUCAACUCGCCCCUGAGGUCGCAACUAGGUUCGUCCAUAGGCCAGGGCAUGGCCCAGCAGAGAGAACCCAUCAGUACUAGAUCAUUCCCUGCCGACAACGAAAGAUGGCCAAGGUUUGUUCAGGAGAAUCUACCCUUCUACACUGUGCUCUUUCAAGAACUGUUGCCUCGGAUCUUCCAUCAAGACUUGAGUAUUCCCAACAAUGCCCUCAUGGUCUACAGGAUGGCAAAGGUCUUUGGACAGCCACACCUCAGUAGUGUCAUGAAGAAUGCUGAAGAGAAUCUCAUUGACCUUCUAAGUCACCCAUCGCAACCCUACACCUCAGGAGGAGGAGGAGGGGGUCUCGGUACCAACCCUAGUUUCAUGUCUUUAUCCUCCUCCAUACCAUCAUCUACCCACCUACCACCCACCCUCCUGGCGAUGGGGACCAGACUCUACACCCAUCUGCUAGAGGAAGAGGCACCCGGGUUCAUGUACAGACCGCUCUUUGAUUCAAGCGGCAAGGCAAUGAUUGAGCAACUGCUUGGUUUCAUCGCUCAAGCCCAGACUACAGUCAAGACCAUGGCAGGACCUAGCUUAGGAGAUAUCACUCAGACUAUCAAAUCAUUCUUCAGCAGCAGCCUUAGACAUGCUAAUCAUAGCGCCCUCUUUGACGACAUUGGUCCGGUCGACACCCGCAAAGCCGAGGCGUACCUCCAGAGCUCAGGAGAAUUUCUGUCAGAUAUAUUUGAUGUGCCUUUGCCUCAUCCUGAUGAUACUAUGGCAUGGAACGUCGGUCAGAUCGGUCGUGAUCAACACCUACCACCAGAUAUGAUGGAUGGACAGCUCACCCCACUAGGAAGAUUCCAACUUAUUAACAGACUUAGAAGUUCUGAUGUAAAUUUCCAAGGGGACCCUGACCUUCAACCAAUCAGAAGCUAUGAGAAUGCUGCCCUCGUGCGGAUGUUGCAUGCACUCUCUUGUCAGUUCAAUGAUGCUUUUGGGGACAAGCUUCUGGAGAUCUGUUCUCAAGGUGGCUUGCUUGGAGCCAUGGCCCGUUGGUACUUCAACCCCAGAGGAAACCCUCAUUGUCAUCCAAGUGACCCUUCCGGAAGAGUGCCAUCGUGGUACCGUCCAAGACUGAGUCUGCGCUUCCUGGCCAAUUAUCGAACCUUGACGUAUCUUGCCAUUCUGUAUCUCCUCCUCGUCUAUUUCUGUGACAUCAUGCCGACAGGCUUCGUGGCGUUCCUACUGGCAGCAGCCCUCUUUGUUGGUUUCCUAGGCUCGUUAUUUACUUAUCUUCGAGGAGAUGAGAGAGGAGAAGAGGCUUAUCUUCAGCAUUAUCAUCAUCAACAUGGUGACUGAUGUUGUCAAAGCACAUUGAGAACUCUUUAAUUUUCAUGCAACCCAUAGAAUUUGCUCUUUAUUUAUAUCUUCAUUUAUGAAAAACUUAAGCUCUUCUGCUGUCACACUAGUGCAACUUGUGUGUUCCCCCCCCCCCCUGUCUCUCUGUGUCUCUCUUUAGGGGGAUAUAUUAAUGCAAUUAUGAAUAGCACUCCAGCCUUAUAAGAUAAUGCCAGAGUAAUUUUCAAAAGUGCAUUAUAUCUUGAGAAAAGGAAAAUCAUAUGUGAAGUGAUGGUACAAUAGAGAUAUAAGAUAUGAAGAGGCGCGAUAGCUCAGUCGGUAGAGCGGGGGAUUCGUAUUCCGGUGACCCGGGUUCGAUUCCCACUUGGUGCGCUAGUGCCCUUUGGUAAGGCAUUAAUCCUCAUUACCAGGUCCUUCGGAGAGGACCUUAAGCCGUCGGUCCUCUGGUUGCUUGCUUACAAGCAUUCAUGCUUUCUUAGCAAUCAGGUAAAAAAUCCCCACCAAUCAAUCACAUUUGAAGUAUAAAAACUUUUUUUGUGUAUGACAAAAUAAUUUCAAACAUGAUGAAAAGUUACUUAUGCACAUUCAAUGUACUUGCUAUUGUAAAUUAUAAACAAAAUUAAUGCAGCAGUUUGGAUAUUUCAGAAUAUUUGUGUACACCUUUACCUUUCCAGGUCCAGCUUGCACAUUCACAGUAUUAUUAUGCCUGUAGAUUCUUGUAUGUUGUAUAUACUGCAUGCAUUAUUAAUCGGCCCUGUAUAAGAACUUAGGUGUAUACAAAUAUUCGGUGAUAUUUCAAUAAAUAUAAUGAUAUAAGAUUGAUGGUAAAGUGCAGCUUAUCACCAAGAAAUAUGUGAAGAAUUUUGCAUUCAAGGGCCCUUUUGCAUGAAAGAAAAACUCUGAAAGUUUUUCAAUAUGUUAAGUGUCAAUAGCAUAAUUUUGUUUGCCAUAGUCUUUGUUUAUUUGCCAGAGUUUUUCAAUGGCAACAAAUUUUAUGCAAAAGGUCCAAGAUCUUGUUUGCUCAAUUUAGGGCUUAGAUGUUAUUUUGAAAACAAUAUUGAAUCAAUAUGUAACAUUCUGAUUGAUGAUGUUCAAUGUCUUCGUCCUCUAAUUACAUGAAAGAUCAAUGAAACCCUUUGGACAAGUUGGGCCUGUUUGAAAACAGACCAAUGAAAGUAUGGGAGGAAAUGGAUUGAAAACUGUAAGAGCAUUUAAAUAUCAAGGACGCUAGGCUACGAAGAUCCUCAAGUUGGCCAUGCGACCAAGAUGUACGAUGUCACACAUGAUGAAAAGGAAAAACAGCCCUUUUUGCUCAUUCCAAUGACAGUACAAACUCUUUGUCCGUUAUAUAGUUUUUGAAACCUCUAUUACAUGUCCUCCCAUGAGCAAUCACCUGAUCUACAGACAGACUUGAUAAAAGCAAGAUUUUAAGUAAAAUAUAUACAAGCUAUAUCAAAUUUUUCACAUCAUACAUCAUUGCCACGUUGAAAUUUUUUUUUCAAUUAAAUCAAUUUUGUUUUAGUGGCUCUCAAUAUGUAGCUAUAUUCGCAAACCAAAGAUACUGUCCGACAGGUCGGCAUGUUGGAUGUAUUCUAGAUAGCAAGUAAAUGAGCCCAUUGCAAAUCCUGUACAAUUCAAUUUCCCAAUGAUUUGUCCCUUGAGGGUCCCUUAAUAUUUGUUAACUCACAUGGUGCUAUUUUGUAUACCUGUAAAUACAGUUUCUAUGUCAGACA